AUGUGUACAGGUCUCUGCCGACGGCGCCGCUGGCCAGAACCUCUCUACGAAUCAUACAGCGGCGCUACCGGGUAUACGUGCAUUGUCCGAGUCAACAACCGCGAGUACCAGACGGACGCCGUCUAUGAAUCGGACACCCUGGCUCGGGAAAAUGCAGCGAUGCGGGCCUACCUGAUUUGCCGCAACUUCUCCGUCAACGACGGCAUGUACCCUGCCGGGCACGACCACGGCGGUGUCAUCCAGGGCAUUCCGGUCGCCAUUGGCACCGGACGCAAAGUCCGGUACGGGGUGGACGACACGGACACUUCGACUAGUGGCGAGAGCCGAAGUAGUGGCGGCAGCAGCAGCCCGGAGAGCUAUGGAGGGGACCGGAUCGAUUGCGACCGGCAAUCAGCGAUGGGUCCGCCUCGAGCGUUGGCGUUUAGUCGGUAG